AUGAUGUUGCUCGCAGACGACGCGAAAGUUUUGACGCGCUGUCACGUGCGAUCGGCAGCUAGUGUGUUUAUGGAGGCGUUCAACGACAUCUAUCUCAAUCUUUCGCGGAAGCCUGGCGCGGCUCGAUUUUCAGACUCGGGCUUUGGCUGGAAGCCCGCAAACGGCGGCGAAACCUACACUUGCGACCAGUCACAGAUCCAACAAGCGCAGUGGAGCCGAGCCGCGCGCGGCUACGAAAUCAAGAUCCUCUCGCGCAACGACGGCGUUAUACAACUUGAUGGAUUCAAGCAGGAAGAUUUUGACCGCGUAUCCAAGGUCUUCAAGUCUUGGUACGGCAUAGGUCUCGAUAACCGGGAGCAUGCCCUGCGCGGCUGGAACUGGGGAAAGGCCGACUUCGGUAAGGCCGAACUUACUUUCAACGUCGCCAACCGCCCUGCCUUCGAAGUGCCCUAUACCGAGGUCUCCAACACAAAUCUGGCAGGCAAGAACGAAGUGGCCGUCGAUUUCUCAUUGCCUGCCGAAGGCGACGCUGGCGCGAAUGGAAACCUCGGAGGAGCCAGAUUCAGAGGCAAGAAGUCCGCAGGUGCUCGAGACCAGCUCGUCGAGAUGCGCUUCUACAUCCCUGGUACAGCCUCGAAGAAGGAGAAGACAGAAGACGGCGAAGAGGGCUCUGGCGCUGAAGAUGUCGAAGAGACAAAUGCUGCCAACCUAUUCUACGAGACACUGAUGGAGAAGGCUGAGAUUGGCGAAGUCGCUGGUGACACAUUUGCUACCUUUUUGGAUAUCCUACAUCUCACGCCUAGAGGUCGAUUCGAUAUCGACAUGUACGAAAGCUCGUUCCGGUUACGCGGUAAGACAUACGACUACAAGAUCCAAUUCGAUUCGGUCAAGAAGUUCAUGGUCUUGCCGAAACCCGACGACAUGCAUACCCUCAUCACCGUUGGUCUGGAUCCUCCCCUCCGACAGGGUCAGACGCGAUACCCCUUCCUCGUCAUGCAGUUCAAGCGGGAUGAGGAAGUCAACCUUGAUCUCAACAUGAAGGGAGAUCUGUUGGAGGACAAAUACAAAGACAAGCUGCAAUCCCACUACGAAGCUCCUAUUGCUACAGUUGUAGCGGACAUCUUCCGUGGUCUCAGUGGAAAGCGUAUCACUAGACCGUCUCGAGACUUCAUCAGCCAUCACGAGCAGUCGGGUGUCAAGUGUUCGAUCAAGGCCAACGAAGGUCACUUGUUCUGCCUUGACAAGGCAUUCAUGUUCAUCCCCAAGCCGGCAACCUACAUCAGCAUGGACAACAUCGCCUCUGUGACCAUGUCGCGUGUUGGUGGAGCUAUGGCUGCAAGCCGUACGUUUGAUAUUACCUUCAGCAUGAAGAACGGCCAGGCUGAGCAUCAGUUCUCCAACAUCAACCGGGAGGAGCAACAGCCACUCGAGAAUUUCUUCCGUGCCAAAGGUAUCAAAACUAAGAAUGAGAUGGCAGACGAUUCCGGAGCCAUUCUGGCAGCUGCUCUUCAAGAUGAAGAUCUUGCAUCCAGCGAUGAUGGAGCACCAGCAAACCGCGGUAGUGCCGACGAGGAUGACGAAAGUGUAGAUGAAGACUUCCAAGCAGACUCGGAGUCGGAAGUUGGUGAGGAAUUCGACUCCGAUCAUCAAAGCAGCGGUUCCGACAGCGAUGCUGAAAUGGACGAUGCGGAGAGUGACGGCGACGCCGGAGAGGCGGUACCAGAACGUCCUAAGAAGAAGCAGAAGGUGUCGCAAUAG